AUGGCCUCCAUUGCUCGCGCUUUCCGUCCCUUUGCCUCCCGGGCCGUUGCCCAGAAGCCUUUGGCCUCCAGCUGCCGUGCUACACCUGCUUUCCGCUUCCCGCGGGGAACCCGGAGCUUCUCGCAGAGCCCUCUUGCUCAGGUGAAGAAGUACACCGAGUCACACGAGUGGAUUGAGCUGGCCGACGGCAGCAACACUGCCAAGAUCGGUAUCACCAAGUACGCCGCCAACUCCCUCGGUGACGUCGUCUACGUUGAGCUUCCUGAGGAGGGCCUUGAGGUCUCCGCUGGUGAGCCCGUUGGUGCCGUCGAGUCCGUCAAGUCGGCUUCCGAUGUUCUCUCUCCCGUUUCCGGCGUCGUCACCAAGGGUAACACCGUUCUUGAGGACAAGGCUAAGACCAUCAACGAGGGCGCCGAGGCGGAGGGAUGGAUCGCCGAGAUUGAGGUUAGCGAUGUUGCUGAGCUUGAGGCUCUCCUGAGCGAGGAGGCCUACCUCGCUUCUCUUGAUGGUGAUCACUAG